GUACACCUCUAGGUCGAAAGCAAUGAUUGAAAACAAAACAUAAAAAUGGCAAAUCGCACGGUAAAAGAAGCAAAAAACGUGCACGGCACGAAUCCGCAGUAUCUAAUUGAAAAGAUUAUACGCUCCCGCAUCUACGACUCCAAAUAUUGGAAGGAACAAUGUUUUGCCCUUACCGCUGAGCUGCUCGUAGACAAAGCGAUGGAGCUACGUUUUGUUGGCGGCGUUUAUGGCGGCAACAUUCGGCCCACACAAUUCUUGUGCCUCACAUUGAAGAUGCUGCAGAUACAGCCGGAAAAGGACAUUGUGGUGGAAUUCAUCAAGAACGAAGAAUUCAAAUAUGUGCGCGCCCUGGGCGCCUUCUAUUUGCGACUUACGGGAGCGGCCAUCGAUUGCUACAAAUAUCUUGAGCCGCUUUACAUUGACAAUCGCAAGUUGCGGCGACAGAAUCGCGCCGGACAGUUCGAGAUCGUGUAUAUGGACGAGUAUAUAGACGAGUUGUUACGGAAUGAUCGUGUCUGCGACAUUAUACUCCCGCGCAUACAAAAGCGUUCGAUUCUUGAGGAAAACAACGAGCUGGAGCCCAAGGUGUCGGUGCUGGAUGAAGAUCUGGAUGAUGAGGUACCCAGCGACGAGGAAGCCAAAGAUGCGGACGACAAAGACUCGAAUAGUCGGCAAAAGAAUAGUGCAACAACUGCAAUUCGACGACCGCGACGAGGUCGCUCUAAAUCCAAGUCACGUAGUCGAGAGCGGGACAGAGAUCGACGUGCUGGAGCCAGCGGCAACGCUCGCUCCAGAGAUUAUUAUGACGACCUGGAGGAAUACGAUCGACAGCGCAAUCGAGUGCGCAACAGGGACACGCAGAACAGCGGCAGCAAUGGCUACACUGAUGACUACGAGCGUCGAAACUCUGGCCGCAAUGAGAAUAGACAAGAGCGGGACAGACGGGAUCGAGACCGUGAGCGAGAGCGGGAACGUGAUCGACAUGGUGAAAGAGAAAGGGAACGAGAUCGGGAACGUGAUCGGGAUCGUGGCAAUCGAUACGAGCAUCGCGAACGGGACACGCGCAGCGAGCGCGAACGUCGACGUUACUAAAAAUGAACUUUUAGUUAUAAGUUUUACAAAACAUUAAAAGAAAGAGUAUAA